CUUUUGAUCGCUCGACAUUACACCAGAUAUUGGAUUACUCUUGUGAGAAAUAUGUAUAGAUUCAACAUCUCCGCACCCGGUAAAGUGACAUUAUACGGAAAUUCCAUAAUUGGAUCUAAUGAAGCUUGCGUGGCAGCCAGCCUGAACAUGCGUACUAGACUCUCAUUCGCUUCGCUACCUCCAAGAGUCGUCCCGGAGGAAUGUAUCCAACUAGAUUUCUCCAGUAUCUAUUUACAGGUGAAGAUACCAUUAAAUUCAUUCCUCUUAUUUUUCUUUUAUGAGAAUUUCAAUCGUCGAAGUCCUGCAUUUGAGAUCUAUAAUCGAGUUAAAAGAUAUGUCCAAAUGUUAAACGGAUGCAGCGGCAGUUAUAUUUCAAGCGAUCCUCGACACCGGUUAAGCUUAGAAGCAUUUUUUUCUCUGCUCGUUGUUAUCGCCUACGAACAAAAUAUUAAUAUAACAUCCAGUUUUAUCGUAAAAGUAUCAUCGGAACUGCCAUUUGGCCAAGGUAUGGGCAGUUCUUCAUCGUUCGUCACAUGUCUCGCGGCGUGCUUUUGGCGUUGGUCAUUGCUGCAAAAAGGGAUUGCAAGUUACGAAUUCCUCGAUGAUGAUCUUGUAAAGAUCGCAGUUUACGCUGCCUAUUGCGAUAUGCAGAUAUACAAUUCCAUAUGCCCGAUGGACACCUUCGUAAUCGUAAACGGUGCAAUAAUAGUAUACGAAAAUAAUAGAAUGUUAGGAGUAUACGAACAUUUUCCGAACAUAAAGAUCUUGCUGGUCUUUUCAAAUGUUAAUCAGGACGAUAAAAAGAAUCUAAUAAAUUCAAAGAAUUAUUUGAAUCUGAAACUUAUUCUGGAUAGCAUCAGCAAUUUAUCUCGGACGUCUAUUAAUGUAUUUCAAAAGAUGAAAAAUCUAACUGAUACGGACAAUGUUAAUGUCAGCGAAUUAGAUACCUAUCCACAGAGUUACUAUGAUGAAUUAGCGGAACUUGUCCGUAUGAAUCAAGGAUUAUUAAAAGUAUUAAAUGAACCGCACGGAAAUGUAGACCUUAUUUGUGCAAUUGCGCAGGAACAUUUUUUACAGGGAAAAAUGACGAAUAGUACAGGUGGGUGCAUUUUUAUUUUGCUGCCACCAAACAUGACAGCAGAUCAGUUCGAUAAAAUCAUCGAUAUAUUCGGAUAUCAUGAUUUCCUUGCCGUGAGAACUACUUUAUGUGGAAAAUGGAGCGGGGUAGGAAUUGAAUAGCACAUUCAAAUCAACUUAAUAUGAGACUACAAAUGAACUUGAAAUCAACUUAAUAUGUGACUAAAUAGGAAUAAUAUAUUACAAUAUAAUG